ACUCAUCCGUUAGAUUCAACCAAUAGAAAUGAUUCAUAAUGUCUUUUCCAAGAUCUUAAGCGGCAUGGUGGAUGAGUGGUUUGCACAUCUGCCUCGUAAAAUUAACACAAGGAUUGAACUCAAUGCAUUUCAUGAAAUGUAUACACACCUUUGUUUUGACUUUCCUCUUUUGAGUGUCGGCCCCACACUUGCUUGGAAGUCAGACGAGUGAACCAUGACGCGACUAUGAUGAUUCAACAAUUUUUUUUUUCUUCAAGUCAGCUGGCCGGUGCGAUUUGUUGAUAACCACAUGUGCACACUGAACUUCGACCGUUGUUACUGCAGAAUUUGUGAGAGCUACAACGCGACUCGCAGCACACAUUGCUGCUCGGGGGAUCCACAUCUGGAUUGAUUCUGAUCUUCUCAAGGAUCAUGUCGAUGACCUCCGUGCAGAUGGAAGCGGCGGUGGAGAGAAGGUACACAGGAGUGGGCCGUUGUAAGUGCUCCUUCUGGUUCGCCGUGGCUCACGACAUCCUCGGCGUGCUCAUCAUGAUGGUGGGGGUCUUCGGGGGCCUGGCCAUCCACGACCUUUUCAUCUACGCCGGUGGCAUCGUCAUCUUCCUCAGCCUCAUCUGGUGGGUCUUCUGGUACUCGGGCAACAUCGACGUGCCGCCUGAGGAACUGGAGGACGACGUGGGGCUCAUCAAACCGAGGAAUAAAGGACUCAGCCGAGUGGUGAGGCGCGUGUCCAACCAGCUUUCCAGCGGGAUUCGGAACUCUCUGAGAAAGAAUGGCGGUUCGACCAGACAACCCCCGGCGGGAAAGAGAGCCCCGAUCACAGAAGAGUCAUCACUUUUCACGAUCUAUGACAGCAACAUGGCCUCGUCGUCAAAACAACUUGUGAGAGAGACACUGUCAAUAUGAACUAAUCCUUGACAUUGGCAUCCAAACCUUCAUUGAGCCAUUUCGAGCUAUCUCUGUUAUGUAUAGAAAGAAGAAACAAAGCUUACAAAUUUUGGAUUUGCACCCUUGUCAAGCUGAAUGAGGUUUCUUGUUAUUUAGACUAUGCUUCACUGUUAUUUUGUCUUGAUCUUGAAUUUUCAUUUGUAUUUACUUUGAUUUCUGAUUGUACCAAUUUGCAAACAAAGUCAUGCACUCGUC